AUGAGGUCUUUUAUCGAUGUUUCACCAGAUUCUCAUUUUUCAAUCCAAAAUUUGCCAUUUGGGAUUUUUUCAACCCAAAGUGAUGAAAUUUUAUCCGCUCGUGUUGGCGUCGCUAUAGGCGACCAAAUUUUAGACCUGACAGCUAUAUCUCAAUUAUUUGAAAAACAUGUUCCAGAAUUAGGUAAUCCAACAUUGGUUUUUUCACAGUCAUCGUUAAAUAUGUUUAUGUCGUUGGGAAAACCAGUAUGGCAAGCUACACGAAAAUUCCUACAAUCCAUCUUAUCCGAAGAUAAUCCAGAAUUACGUGAUAGCAAAGAACUUCGAGCAAAUGCAUUUGUUUCUCAACAUCGUGCAAAAAUGCAUUUACCUGUUAAUAUUGGUCAUUUUACGGAUUUUUAUGCUUCAAAAGAACACGCAACUAAUUGUGGUGUUAUGUUGAGAGGAAAAGAUAAUGCAUUGAUGCCAAACUGGCUUCAUUUACCAGUUGGAUAUCAUGGUAGGGCUUCCUCUGUUGUUGUCUCUGGAACAGAUCUUGCACGUCCAAGUGGCCAAAGAUCACCAGGAAAAGGUCAACCUCCGGUUUUUGGACCAUCUGUAAAAUUAGACAUUGAAUUGGAAAUGGCAUUUUUCGUUGGUACUGGCAACAAACUUGGUGAGAGAAUUCCAAUCCAACAAACAAAAGAUCACAUUUUUGGCAUGGUUUUGAUGAAUGAUUGGACCAGAGAUAUACAAGCAUGGGAAUAUGCUCCGUUAGGUCCCUUCCUUGGUAAAAGUUUUGGAACCACGAUUUCACCAUGGAUUGUCACACUUGAUGCCUUGGAACCUUUCCUGGUAGAUGGUCCUUGUCAGGAUCCUACACCACUUCCAUAUCUUCAAGAAAAAGGAAAAACCGCAUAUGAUAUUAAUCUUGAAGUUAAAAUGAAACCACGCGAUUGUAGUACUCAUAAAACCUUAACUCGUUCAAACUUAAAAUAUAUGUAUUGGUCUAUUUGUCAACAGCUCGCACAUCAUACAGUCAAUGGCUGCAACAUGGGCGCAGGUGAUUUAUGUGGCACCGGUACUAUAAGUGGCCCGACUGAAGAUGCAAGAGGAUCAUUGUUAGAAAUUACAUGGAAUGGAGAAAAAGAAAUUGAUUUCGGCAAUGGAGUUAAACGAAUGUUUGUAGAAGAUGGAGACGAAGUUGUGUUGACAGGAUAUUGUCAAGGAGAAGGAUUUAAAGUUGGAUUUGGAUAA